AUGUCUGAUCCAGACAACUACAGCGUCGGGUGGAUCUGCGCCAUCACGACAGAAUACGUUGCUGCUCAGGCAUUUCUGCAAGAAAGGCAUGAUGGGCCCAAGCACGUAUCCGUCCAUGAUAACAACAAUUACACUCUGGGCAGAAUUGGAACGCACAAUGUUGUUAUUGCGGUCCUGCCUAAUAGCGAAUACGGAUUGUCUUCCGCGGCGAGCGUGGCAAGAGACAUGCUGCAUAGCUUUCCAAACAUUAGAAUCGGUCUCAUGGUUGGCAUCGGUGGCGGUGCUCCUAGCGUGAGGCACGAUAUUCGACUUGGCGAUGUUGUUGUUGGCGUCAAAAGCGGACAGGGCGGAGUUUUCCAAUAUGACUUUGGAAAGGCUAUUCAGAACCAAGAGUUUCACGAGGCCGGAUUCCUGAACCAGCCACCAACGCUGCUGCGGGCAGCUGUCAGUGGCCUUAUGGCACAGCACGAGUUUAACGGGAACCAACUGGAAGAGGCCAUUGACAACGCAUUGAGCAUACAUCAACGACUGCGAAAGAAAGGCUAUAAGCGACCUGAAGCAGCUACUGAUCGACUCUACCAGUCAGAUGUCAUCCAUCCUCCGGGUGAUGAUGUUGCCUGUGCGGUAGCCUGUGGCGAUGAUCCAUCACGCUUUGUUGAGCGGCGGGAACGGAAUGGAGAAGGAGAAGAAGAAGAUGAUGGUGGUGGUGAUGAUAUUGUGGCGAUCCAUUAUGGUCUAAUCGCCUCGGCGAAUACCCUGAUGAAGGAUGCCCUCAUCCGAGAUCGGCUUAUAACCAAAAAGGACGUUCUUUGUUUUGAAAUGGAAGCUGCUGGGUUAAUGAACCACUUUCCCUGUCUGGUUAUUCGCGGCAUCUGUGAUUAUUCAGAUUCGCACAAGAACAAGAAAUGGCAGGGUUAUGCGGCAAUGGCAGCUGCAGCAUACGCAAGAGACCUGCUCCUCCAGAUACCUCCAAAUAAGAUUGAGGCCGAGGAGAAGAUUAGUGACAUCUUAUCUGGCAUUCACAAACUUACAGAAGAAUCUCGAGAUAUUGCAAAAGAGCAGCUUCAAAUCCACAAGGAUCAAGUAAGAGAAAGACUUUCUGAAAAAGAAGAGAAAAUUCACCAACUAUUUCGCCUUAGUAGCAGCAAUGAUGCAACGUAUGAAUGGUACAAAGACCAAGUUGAAGAAAGGGUUGAAGGCACAUGUCAGUGGCUGUUACAGCAUAAGCGCUUUCAAAAGUGGCUGCAACAGGAUGAAUCUGGACCUCUCCUCAUCACAGCGGAUCCCGGCUGCGGGAAAUCAGUCUUGGCCAAAUAUCUCAUUGACCAUGGCUUACCACAAUCAGCAACUACUACUAGUAUUUGCUACUUCUUCUUCAAGGACCAGGAUCAAAACACAUGUCGCCAAGCGCUUUGCGCAUUGCUUCAUCAGCUCUUCUCGCAAAAGCCAGCUAUGAUUGCGAAACAUGCCGUACUACAAUACAGCAAGGAUGGGGAGAAAUUGAUAUACUCUACAAAUAUCCUUUGGGAGAUUCUGCAGAGCGUUAUAAAAGAUCCCGAUGCAGGGGCUAUAAUUUUAGUCUUUGAUGCUCUCGACGAGUGUGGCGAAUCGGAAUUGACAAGCUUGAUCAAAAACUUGGAGAGCCUAUUCCACAAUCAUCAGUCAAGCAAGUCCAAAGUUCUUCUCACAUGCCGUCCAUACCAGCAAAUCAUCUCCAAAUUCCAUGGUCUAUUCAGAAACUUCCCAAAUAUCCAUAUUCCAGGCGAGGAAGAGUCGGAGGUCAUUAGCCAAGAGGUAGACUCUGUUAUCCAACAUCGGAUUAACCAACUAUCACUAUCACCCGGGAUAAGGGAUUGCCUGGAGGAAAAACUGCGAGAGAUUCCGCACCGUACCUAUCUAUGGGUGUACCUAAUAUUUGAUCACAUACAACAAGGUGAUUUUAAACAGACCUUGAAAGGAGCUGAGUCCUUAAUCCAAACGCUCCCAAGAAAUGUCAAUGAUGCAUACGAGCGGAUUCUCAAUAGAUCUAAAGAAGAGCAGGAGCCUAUUGUUCGGAAGGCCUUGGGCAUCAUCUUAGCCGCCAGUCGACCACUGACACUCUCGGAAAUGAAUGUCGCAAUGAGUAUAGACGAUACAGCUACGGAAGACACCACAAAGUCUAUUGAUAGUCUUGAUCUAGAGGAUGACAAUGACUUUAAGUCGCGCCUAAGGUCUUGGUGCGGGCUCUUUAUCUCAAUCUACCAAGGCAGGGUUUAUUUCCUCCAUCAGACUGCCCGCGAAUUUCUCCUCGCUAAUUCGGCAUUUCCUACAUUGCUAGGACGACAAUGGCAUCACUCUAUUACUACUCGCCAAGCACAUCAUGUUCUGGCAAGGCUUUGCAUUCUCUAUUUAAACAUGGUUGAUUCCCAUGUUUACCUGCUUGCAGAAGAGGAUGGGUAUGAAAUGCCGUUUAUUGACUACGCAAUUAUCCAAUGGGCCGCUCACUUCCGCGAAGCACAUAUUAUUGAUGGCGAUCCUAUUAUACCUGCCACACUGAAACUUUGCGAUCCCGAAUCAUGUAGCUAUUCCUAUUACUCGAAGUCAAGGGACUCUUACGAAGUUCCUAGUAUUGAUGAAACUACGGACCUCAUAAUAGCAUCAUAUUUUGGCCUUCAUGUUAUUGUCAAGUUGCUUGUUGAUAAUGCAGCUUAUAUUGAGGCAAUGGAUGACUACUUCAAUACGCCGUUGAUCUGGGCUGUCAAAGGAGGACAUGACGUAGUUGUGAAAUUACUACUGCUAAUCGAGGAAGGAGCUGAUAUUGAAGCAAAGAACGGUAUGGGCCAAACGCCAUUAUUGAUAGCUGUUCAGGACAGGCAUGAGGAUAAUGUUAAACUACUUAUAGAGGAAGGAGCUGAUAUUGAGGCAAAGGAUAAUGAGGGCCAAACGCCAUUAUUAAUAGCUGUUAAGGAGGGGCGUGAGGAUUAUGUUGAACUACUCAUAGACAUCGGAGCUGAUAUUGAGGCAAAGGAUAAUGAGGGCCAAACGCCAUUAUCAGUAGCUUCUGAGAAAGGGUAUGAGGGUAUUGUUGAGAUGCUAGUUGCAAAAGGAGCCAUUUCAUAG